AUGAUCACUAAGCUAUCAAGAGUAUAUCACCAUAUCCAAUUACCACACCUCUCCACCACCAUUGGGAAUUGUGAAGUGAAGUGCCAUUUCUUCAUCCUUCUCGACACACCUGUGAACGGCGGUACAGAUCCGAAGAUGCCCUCAGAGCACUUCAUUGACUCUCAAGGUUUCAGUGCGGAGCUUCAGGUGGGUGACUUCAGUGACAUGGCGUUCACCGAGGGCGACGAGGUCACGGGCAAGGCAAAGAAACUCCGAAAGCUUCACGUUGGUGGCUGGAAGGAUGACGAGCGACACGGCAGGGACACCUGCUUCAGCCACUUCUUCUGCGACUGGACCGAGGUUUCAUCUCGAAGAUGGAGCAACCACAAUCAUGCUGAAAUUCCUUCCGCCGAAGUUGGCCAGCGAGACGUUGAUGGAACUGGUCGACCAGGUGGUUCCAGGAUGGUACGAUCUCUUUACUAUCCACGCUCCAGGCGCCGGCGAAAACGCAACAUCGACAUGUGCUUUAUCAACUUCGUCGAUCAUCCGAGCGAAGUUCUCGCCGGUGAACACUUGGCCAAGGAGUUGGAAAGCUCUUGGGUGGCCGUACGGCAAGCAGGAGUCCAAGGAUUCCUGCCAAACAUAGCUUACUGUACUACGUCACCAAGAGCGGUUGCGAUGCCUUAUUUCAAUCGGUUGCUCCGCAAAUCUUUGACUCUGGAGAGCAAUUGUGCAUCGCAGAAGCGUUCGAUUCCGAAUUGGUCUCAGAGGGGAAGAUUCAGGCUGCGGCGGCGCGUGAGGAGCCCAUGA